UGGGGGGAUUCAGGUGCUCCAAUCCACUCAGAUCAGGCACAGAGGAGGUGCAAGACAGCAGGACAAACUGAAUCCCGAGUGCACCGUUGGACAGACACAGACACUCCCGACCACAAGGAAAUAGAUAGAUAGAGGAAAGGAGAGAGCGCGCGGAAGAGUGAGAGAAAAAGAAAGAGCUCUCUUACAGUUCAGCUUUGUUCUAUUUUGGUCAUUAGGGUUAGAACCUGUGCCUCUAUCUGAUCUUCUUUAAAACCAGUCUGCUUUCUUCCCCCGGGCUAAGAAGUGUGAUUCAAGCCUUGUGCCUUUAAACCACCACCUCUCUCUCUCUCUCUCUCUCUCUCUCUCUCUCUCUCUCUCUCUCUCUCUCUCUCUCUCUCUCUCUCCCCCCGCUUCUUUCUUUCUGUCUCUCUUUCUCUCCUGCGUGGAGCGUUCAGGAUGUUUAAAAAAAGCAAGAGCGAAGUUUUGGUGGAUGAUGAAACGUCUGAAGGAGAGGAGGACGCGCCCUGGCACCGGGAACGCGCGCACAAGGAUAAAGAAGCAGAGGGAACAGAGGAAGUGCUGGGCCCCUCAACCAAGGACUCCAAGAUCAAGAAGGUAAAACCUAAGAAGGACAAAGGAGACAAGAAGCUGUUUCCUUCACAAGAUGACGAGCACUUCCUGCUCACAGGGGUCACGGUCCCACACAAAAAAGGGUCUGCUAAGAAGAACCUGGAGGAGGAAAAAGAGAAGGAGAAGGAGAAAGGUAAAGCUCACUCGGAGAAAGAUCGUGUGGGCCUUUGGGACAGCAUCACCAUGACCAUGCGUCAGAUCACUCCGAACCGGAAGAUGGACAGGAUGGAGGGAUGGGAGCCACCGCAGCUGGGCGAGGAAGCUGAGGGGAAGAGAAGCGAGGGGGAGGGGAAGAAGAUUGACUCCCCGCUCUCUACAGGGCUGUCGCUCUCUCUGCCUGGCUCUCUGACCCUGCCGUCCUGGACGGGCAUCGGCUCGGAAGAAGACUCUUCGCGUUACGCCAGUCUGAGCGAACCCCAAGCUACAGGACCCUCGCAGUGGGCUGCACGUGCUCGAGACAAACUGGCGGCAGUGCGACGCCGCAGCCCCGGGAGCCAAUCAGAGAGUGCGUGGGAGGGGCUUAAAUGAGAAAUCCAGCUUACUCACAGACCUCAUAUAAACACCAAACACUCAAGCGCAUGGAAACGUAACUGAGAUCGGAUAGCAUGCACAGAAGCAAAAAAAAAAAAAAACAUCACAAGACGUGCCCCUGUUGUGUGUACUUGAUGAUUGGGUGGGUUGUUUUGUAGGUCUUAAAACUACACAGGACCUAAUGGCUUUUUUUAAAAAAGCAGAAAUUGCCAUAUUUUGUUGUUGCUAAGUCUAAAACAAUACUAUUAAUCCGUUUCCCUUGAAGGACACACCGAGCUAACGGACACACUUCACCAUACCUGCUGCCUUUUUUGCGCAAGACCGCGGCACUGAAACGCUUACUAACAUUAGACCAAAUCGUUUCGUAUUUAAUCCUAAUAACGAAUUGAAGUCAGCCUUAAAUCUUUUAAUCGUUUGACCGAUUGCUCGAAUCCACAGACAGGGGGCGACGUAAGAGACUACUGUGCCUUAUAGAGCUCUAAACCAAUCGGGAUGUUCAGAUUUAGUACCGAUUCAGCGGCGAAUGUGACGGAAAUCUUUUCAAAACAAAACAAUGCCUUACACCACCUGACUGUGAGCACCACGCAGUACUGUACCUACAUUAACGCCUUUGUCUCAUCAACCGUCACAGGAAACGAGCGUCAUUCACAACACCCCUUCAUGCUGUGGGUACAAUCUCCCAACUCAGGUGUUCAGAGCAGUUAAUUCAAGGCGGUGCAGAUGCAGACCUGCUCAUCUUCUUUUUUUUUUUUCCUUCGUGACUGAAAUUGAUGUAGGUCUUUUAAACCCCCCUGAUAUUAAUCAAACCCUUUUUUUUUGUCAUUGCUGUGACCAAACUGAUGGAUUUUGCCGCAACGCCUGUAUAGACUCGUAUGUCAUGACUUUUUUUACGAUAGCUGUAGUCUUCAUGCACGUGAAUCAAAGAGCGGUUUGGCUGAAUGCCAAUGUGAUGUGAUUGUACACAUGACACGUUUUGGUCCAAACAAAAGUACAAAAUUGUGAAACUAAACCCUGGAGAGAUUGAUUAAUUGACCACAGUGGAAGCUCCGCCUCUUUCCCUAUGUCAAAUUUAGUAACAAUGACAAGAUUAUUAUUAUAUAUAUACAGUAUAUAUUUUUUUUUUUGCUGAAACGAGGAGCCGACGAGUUUGACAUCACUUUGAAGUUAAAAUUGCUAACGCUAAAUCAGAUCCAUCUGACGCACGUUUGGCUCGGCUACAGUAUAAAAGACACGUGUCUUAAUCAGCCGAAAGAAAAAGAAAAAAAACGCCGAACGGUUGUACAAACCGUCGUCAGUGCUUACGAUAAUCUGAAUGUGAGGAAAACGCUGUUCUCCCGCGGCACAGACGUGUUCAAACGUCUGCUCAAGCCCCAGUGACUACGGGAUCUGGAGUGCUCAUACUCAUAUAUACAGGGUUUUACACAUGAACCAUCAUGUGGAGGAAAAGUUUCCUGUCUGUCAGUUUUAUUUAGGAUGAUCAGACUAGAACCGUUUACAUUUUGUAAUGUCUGGUCCACAUUAUGGUCAUGACGAAACCCUGCUUCACGUCAUUACCCAUGAGGCUGGGCACCUUUCCUCUUCAGGGUUGGCACGUCUGCGGGGUAAACCUCGACCCUAAUCCUCGACCCUUUGUCACUGCCUAACGAAAGCUCUACUGCUGUAAGAAAUCCGUUCCCUUCCUCCUCUUGAGCCUUAAAAAAAAAAAAAAAAAAGAGCGAAUGAACGAACGAAACUACUGAACUGCUACUGAUGCUGCAUUGUCUUCUACGUCUCAUCGUUAGACCGAAAGGGAGUUAAAUUAGAACUAAAUGGCAAAUUCACCUGAUUUGCUGCUGACGAGUCAUGAAAGGUCAUCCAAUUAUUAUUUAUUAUUAUUAUUAUUAGUUUUUUUUUUUUUUAGGGUUGUGAGAUGUGGGAAUUAGCGCAAAAUCCUGAACGAUAUUACGAUGAAGCUUCAUUAUUCAGGCCUCAAUACCUUGUAGCACACAUCAGGGAUUCUGAGAACUUCCACUGAUCUGAUUCCAACACACACACACACACACACACACACGUUCCCAAAUCUUCACUGAGUGAACAGAAAAUUUACCCGAGACAAUCAUGCUUGUCAAAUUCUACUGAUGGUUUGUUUAUGCUAGCACAUUGUCAGUCCUUUAUUAAGUUAUAAUUGGGGGGGGGGGUGUUAAUGGACUUUAAUUGAUUUUUCUGUUUGUAGACAUUUGUCUAAAUUCUGCUUGUCAUUUGGUUUUAUCACCAGACUUUUGAUUCCGAAUAAAGCUUCUUCUGACA